UCGCCCGGCUCCUCCGCUGGCUCGCACUCCAGUGAUUGGUGUUGGUGCCGCUCGGGGGCCGCGUGCGGCCUCGGCUAGGGUUUUUAAGAGUUUCCGUUGCCUGGCGACAGCGACUUGUUGUUGAGCCUGUAGCUGUCACACCGGUCUUUCCUGCGUUCGCGCCUUGCUCCUCGACUCUGCACGCUCCUCGGCUACCUUCGGCCUCCCCGCGACCCCGGACGACAACUACAGUCCGCCGCCCCCCGCCCCGCCGCUUCGCACGGCCUGACGCCCCGGCCCAGAGCCCGAGUGUGGCUGUAGAAAGAUCUCCACAAUGAGAAACACGAGCAAGGACCUCGCUCUUCCUACCAGUCGCUAUGCCCCUUGUGAUUGGUAUUAUCAUCUUCCAUUGAAAAGAUCUGAGAAGUCCUCAGAAAUUGUACUUCCUCCAACAUCCCAGAUUCCAGGCCUGAGUGAACUUGCAGAACCACACAAUGAGGUUACAUUUGGCUCCAGAAGAAAUUGGAUAAAAGACACCGAUUCAGAAUAUGUCAAACUGGCAAAACAAGGCGGCAGACCUGAUUUAUUGAAACAUUAUGCUGCUGCUUCAAGAAAAGGAUCUCCUGUUGCCUAUUCUAUGCCUGAAUGGUAUACGCAUCACAGUAAACCACCAACAGCUGAACAGAAAGAAAUACAUGUAUCUUCCAUGCCAGAGUAUAUGGUUCAUGAAGAGUUUAACCCUGAUCAGGCCAAUGGUAACUAUGAAUCCAAAAGGGGGCCUUUUGAUUUUGAUAUGAAAACAGUUUGGCAGAGGGAAGCUGAGGAGCAUGAAAAGGAGAAAAAAAAGGUGAAACUGCCAGCAAUUAACUCAAGGUAUGCAAGCAGAGCAGGAUCUACUUCUGGUUCUAAAGAUAACAAUUCAAGGAAUAGACUUUCAUUUCCUCCUAUGCCUGGUCACAAAACCAACGAACCAACAAAUUUCACCAAACUAAUUAGCAAUGGUUAUAAGGAUGAGUGGUUACAACAUCGUGGAGAUACAGGAAAAAAAUCUCCACCUGUAUCUAAAAUUUCUGAGUCAUCUGUGACUACUCCAUCGCCUCAAGAUUCAGAGGUUCCAGAAAGUGCUGAGAAGCCUGAAGGUACACCAGUAUCUGAGUCUGGAGAAACACCAGCAGAACUCGAAUGAAAUCUGUAGCUAAUAUUAUAAAUAUUUUUUAAAAUGCAAAGUGUAAUAAUACAGCGAACAACUAUAUUUAUAAAAUCUUUAUUAUUACCUUACAUUAAACUAGAUUUUUAAGAGAUUAUCUAUCUUGCAGUGAAAUUUUACAUUCCUGCAGUAUAGAUCAUGUAUUUUUCUUUAUUUUGUUUCAUUUUUCUGGAUGGUAACAUAUGGUCAACAAAUUAAACUAAGACUUUUUUGUUACCUCUUUCUCUGCUAAGUUGGUGAUUUCCCCACAUCAUUGAUACCAAUUUUUUUCCCCUGCUUAAUACCGUAGAACAUAUCAGCCACUGCUUGAACUACUAUUUGGUGGUAUUUUUGCUGAAAUAGACUGUUGAGACUCUAAUAACCUAUAGGUUAUAAUGUUAAAGUAAAUAAAACAAAGGUAUAAGAUGAUAUACAAGUUCUACUUGGUACUUUAAUUCCUUUUAGAAACAAUUUUGUAUGUCAUUUGAAAGUUAUAUAUUCAGACUGUUUAAUGUCUUUAUACUAGAUUAUUAUGCUGUUGGUUCAUGUUAAGUAAAAAGGUUUUGUUUGAAGUUAUUGAACAUUUAAUAUAAGGAUAUAAUGUUCACUUAAGUUAAAAAAAUUUUAACAUCUUUUCUAUAUAAUUGAAAAUGUAGAAUAUAAAAUAUUUAGUACCAGAAUGUCAUUUACUUUAAGCAAAACUGUUUAAUUUUAAUGUUGCUGAUGCUAUUGAAAAGUCUUGCUAGAAAAAAUAAUCUCACAAUAAUCACAUUGUUAUCCCUCAUUGUAUGAAUUUUGUAUUAUGAAUUUCAUUAAUUUCAUUUUAAGUAAAUUUAUAUUAGGAUGUGCUUCUAUAAUUUGAAUUUGAUUCACAAAUUUCUAGUUGUCUAUAUUAAGAAAUUUAGAAACUCUAGUAGAUUUUCAAAUGUUAUAGUUUUUCUCCAGAAUCAACUUAUUAUGCACUUGUUCAUUUGAAAUUAAAUCUUCAAAAGUAAUUGUUUAAAUGAAGCAUUUAUUUGAGCCAUGAUAUCUGACAGUUUGAAUUGAUGAUAUAGUGGGAGAAAUAAAAAUUGAAAUACUCUGCAAGAGAAUAUAAAUGAAAUAAGCGAGAAUUGUAACGAGGAUAUUUGUUUCUACUGUUUGAAUUUAGAGGUAAUAAGGAGAGGGAUAAAGAUGAAUGACUGGAAAGUUUUAUACCCUAAUUAGUAUGGUCUCUUAUCUCUUAAAGACUUAAUUCUUCAGUAUUUCCAAAAAUCCCUGAUUUCCUUCCAUCGACCUAGAUCACAGGGAUAGUUUGCUGUUACGAAAAAAGUCAGAGGGUUAUACCUGAUUGCCUCUCUAGGUCUCAGCUUUCUCAUUUGUAAAAUGAGUGGCUUGGAUUGGAUUAUCUCCAAGGCCCCUUCUAAAUUCUAUGACCUAAGUUCCAAAUCUAUGAUCCCUAUCACCUCCUUCAUGUCUUAGUCAACUGUGUUAGGUGUUGCUGUGAUCAGUCUUCUGAUGGGUGACAAGUCUUCCUGAACUUGCAAAGCUGAUCCUCAAAUGACAAACUAAAAGAUUUUUGCGGCUUCAUAUAACCAGUCAAAAUUUGUUCUUUUCUUCCAUAAUCUUAGGUGUCUUCACUACAGUAAACUUGGGAGAAGCCAAUGUCCCAAGAAAA